AUGUUUUUAUUUGUGUUUGGUGUGUCCAAUACAUUCUAUGUGUUUGGUGUGUCUAAUGUUUUCUACGUGUUUGGUGUGUCCAAUGUUUUCUAUGUGUUUGGUGUGUAUAAUGUUUACUAUGUGUUUGGUGUGUCCAAUGUUUUCUAUGUGUUUGGUGUGUCUAAUGUUUUCUACGUGUUUGGUGUGUCCAAUGUUUACUAUGUGUUUGGUGUGUCUAAUGUUUUCUACGUGUUUGGUUUGUCUAAUGUUUUCUACGUGUUUGGUGUGGCCAAUGUUUUCUAUGUGUUUGGUGUGUCUAAUGUUUUCUAUGUGUUUGGUGUGUCCAAUCUUUUCUACGUGUUUGGUGUGUUUAAUGUUUUCUAUGUGUUUGGUGUGUCCAAUCUUUUCUACGUGUUUGGUGUGUCUAAUGUUUUCUAUGUGUUUGGUGUGUCUAAUGUUUUAUAUGUGUUUGGUGUGUCUAAUGUUUUCUAUGUGUUUGGUGUGUUUAAUGUUUUCUAUGUGUUUGGUGUGUCUAAUGUUUUCUAUGUGUUUGGUGUGUCUAAUGUUUUCUAUGUGUUUGGUGUGUCUAAUGUUUUCUAUGUGUUUGGUGUGUCUAAUGGUUUCUAUGUGUUUGGUGUGUCUAAUGUUUUCUAUGUGUUUGGUGUGUCUAAUGUUUACUAUGUGUUUGGUGUGUCUAAUGUUUACUAUGUGUUUGGUGUGUCUAAUGUUUUCUAUGUGUUUGGUGUGUCUAAUGUUUUCUAUGUGUUUGGUGUGUCUAAUGUUUUCUAUGUGUUUGGUGUGUCUAAUGUUUUCUAUGUGUUUGGUGUGUCUAAUGUUUUCUACGUGUUUGGUGUGGCCAAUGUUUUCUACGUGUUUGGUGUGUCUAAUGUUUUCUAUGUGUUUGGUGUGUCUAAUGUUUUCUAUGUGUUUGGUGUGUCUAAUGUUUUCUAUGUGUUUGGUGUGUUUAAUGUUUUCUAUGUGUUUGGUGUGUCUAAUGUUUACUGUGUGUUUGGUGUGUCUAAUGUUUACUAUGUGUUUGGUGUGUUUAAUGUUUUCUAUGUGUUUGGUGUGUUUAAUGUUUUCUAUGUGUUUGGUGUGUCUAAUGUUUUCUAUGUGUUUGGUGUGUCUAAUGUUUACUGUGUGUUUGGUGUGUCUAAUGUUUACUAUGUGUUUGUUUUCUACGUGUUUGGUGUGUCUAAAGUUUUCUAUGUGUUUGGUGUGUCUAAUGUUUUCUACGUGUUUGGUGUGUCCAAUGUUUUAUAUGUGUUUGGUGUGUCAAAUGUUUUCUACGUGUUUGGUUUGUCCAUCAUAUUCUGUGUGUUUGGUGUUUCUAAUGUUUUCUAUGUGUUUGGUGUUUCUAAUGUUUUCUACGUGUUUGGUGUGUUUAAUGUUUACUAUGUGUUUGGUGUGUCUAAUGUUUUCUAUGUGUUUGGUGUGGCCAAUGUUUUCUACGUGUUUUGUGUGUCCAAUGUUUUCUACGUGUUUGGUGUGUCUAAAGUUUUCUAUGUGUUUGGUGUGUCUAAUGUUUUCUACGUGUUUGGUGUGUCCAAUGUUUUAUAUGUGUUUGGUGUGUCAAAUGUUUUCUACGUGUUUGGUUUGUCCAUCAUAUUCUGUGUGUUUGGUGUUUCUAAUGUUUUCUAUGUGUUUGGUGUUUCUAAUGUUUUCUACGUGUUUGGUGUGUUUAAUGUUUACUAUGUGUUUGGUGUGUCUAAUGUUUUCUAUGUGUUUGGUGUGGCCAAUGUUUUCUACGUGUUUUGUGUGUCCAAUGUUUUCUACGUGUUUGGUGUGUCCAAUGUUUUCUAUGUGUUUGGUGUGUCUAAUGUUUUCUACGUGUUUGGUGUGUCCAAUGUUUUAUAUGUGUUUGGUGUGUCAAAUGUUUUCUAUGUGUUUGGUUUGUCCAUCAUAUUCUGUGUGUUUGGUGUUUCUAAUGUUUUCUAUGUGUUUGGUGUUUCUAAUGUUUUCUACGUGUUUGGUGUUUCUAAUGUUUUCUACGUGUUUGGUUUGUCGAAUAUAUUCUGUGUGUUUGGUGUUUCAAAUGUUUUCUAUGUGUUUGGUGUGUCCUAUGUUUUCUAUGUGUUUGGUGUGUCCUAUGUUUUCUACGUGUUUGGUGUGUCUAAUGUUUUCUACGUGUUUGGUGUGUCUAAUGUUUUCUACGUGUUUGGUGUGUCUAAUGUUUUCUAUGUGUUUGGUGUGUCUGAUGUUUUCUACGUGUUUGGUGUGUCCAAUGUUUUCUAUGUGUUUGUUGCCACUAUGAGAGCUAGCUUACCCUCCAUGUUUGGAUAUGAUUAUUCCAAGGUGUAUGACUGGAUGGAUGGUUCGGUUUGA